AUGGCGAAAGAGGUUCUAGUAACUCAUGAUCCAAGCUUUGCAGACAGGCCACCGCGACUAGCCACCACUAUCUUGUGCUAUGAUCUACAAGAUCUUGCCUUUACUCCUUACGGCGAUCACUGGAGGCAAAUGCGUAAAAUAUGCCUGAUGGAGCUUCUUAGCGGCAAGAGAGUCCGAUCAUUCAGUUUUAUUAGAAAUGCUGAAAUCGCAAAACUGAUGGAAUCAAUUCUCUUUUCUUCAGGGAAAGCGGGAUAUGAAAUGUACACCAAAGAGAUUGAAGUUUUGAAGGUAGAAGUGAUGAGCAUGCUUCUGGCAACAGGAACAACCAUGAUGCAAAAAUUGGAUUUCAUUGACAAAAUAGAACGACUCGGUAUCUCGUAUCACUUUGAGGAUGAGAUUCAAAAUCAACUAGAACAGCUUUUCAAUCUAUCUACCAACUUGGGAAGGCAUCUAGAAUAUGAUUUAUCUACUGCAGCACUUCAGUUUCGACUUUUCAGGUGGGGAAAGGAACUGGACAUCCUAUCAAAAGUUCCAUAUGCAAGGGACAGAUUUGUGGAAUGCUACUUUUGGGAUGUUGGAACCAUUUAUGAACCUCGGCACUCUUUUGCUCGAAUGACUUUGGCAAAAGCAAUAGCCAUUGCUGGAAUAAUUGACAAUACCUAUGAUGCUUAUGGCACUCUUGAUGAACUCAAAAUAUUAACGGAAGCUGUGGAAAGAUGGGAUGGAAAUGGAAUUGAGCAGCUCUCAGACUACUUGAAGACUUCUUAUAUGAUACUUUUGAAUUUUAAUAAGGAGCUUGAGGAAGAUUUAUCAAAAAAACAAACAUCUGCAGCUUUCAUGGGCAUGGAUAGUGCCACAAAGGAUGUUAUGGACUGGAUGCCAACUCAUCCUAAACUCUUUGUUGCUUUAGGAAAACAUACCCGAUUGCUUAAUGAUGUCGGCAGUUACAAGUUUGAGAGAGAAACGGGCAGUGGCAUGGCGAUUGAAUGCUACAUGAAGGACUAUAAUGUAUUCGAGGAAGAGGCAAUGAAGAAGUUUGAAGACAUGGCUGUGGAUGCUUGGAAGGAUAUAAAUGAGCAAUGCUUGAGACUUACUACCUUUCCAAGAAAAAUUCUCAAAGUGAUUCUCAAUCUAGCAAGAUUAUGCGAAGUUGUUUACAAGCAGCGUGGAGAUGGAUUCACUAAUCAACGAAGAAUUGAAGCCCAUAUAAAGGCAAUACUUGUGGAUUCCAUAUCUCUUUGA